CCCUUCCCUGCCUCCACUGUCCUUUGCCCCUUUCCGAACCCCCCUUCCUUAAUCCCCCCUGUUCUCCCUUUCACCUCUCACCCCCCUCAACAAUGUUCUCAUGUGUUCACUGGCUUCAGUCUUUCCUAGCCUUGCUGUCCUCUACCUUAUUUGCUUGGGGCCAAAACUGCCCAUCCAUCUGCUUGUGUCCAGACCAUCACACCGUGGACUGCACCGGUCAAGGGCUCACCCGUCUACCAGACUCCAUCCCUCUGGACGUGCGGAGGCUCCUCCUGUCUAACAACUGGAUACCUUGGAUCCCCUCUGAUUUCUUAGUUCUCUACAGUGACCUCGUCUACCUUGACCUGAGGAACAACUCCCUGACCAGGUUGGAGCCAGGGACCUUGGGUACGUCGUCCAGGCUUGUCUACCUGGACCUAGGAAGCAACAACCUGACUGAGAUCCCUUCGGGGACUUUUGGAGAAUCCCGCAGCUUGAUCAAGCUGCGCCUGGGAAACAACCCCCAUUUGAGGAUGGUGGGCGAGGGCGCCUUCUCAGGCCUCACCUCCUUACGGGAGCUGGAGCUGGAACGGAAUGCCCUUUCCAGCCUGGACGUCAAGGUGCUGAGCCAGCUGCCUUCCCUGCGAGUAAUACGCCUGGAGGGGAACCCCUGGGUGUGCAACUGUCAUUUUGCCAAACUGUUUCUCUGGCUGAUGGAAAAUCGUCACAAGCUCCCAACUGGGCUGGAGGGUAUGGAGUGCUCUCUCCCAGUGGACGGGCAGCAGGUCUCUCUGAGCAUGCUUUCUGAGGACAGCUUCCGAGAAUGUCGGGGGAUGCUCACUCUUAAGGACUAUCUGAUAGUCAUUUUCUCCGGGAUCUGUAUAUCAGUGGCUGCCAUCAUUGCCAGCUUUUUCUUGGCCUCAACUAUCCACUGUUUCCAGAGGCUCAAAGCCAACAGGACAGACGAGGAGGAGGGGGAAGACUGAGUGUGAGCUGCUAGACUGCAACUCAGGAUCUGCUACACCAACAGGUUCAUGGAUGUCUGCACGGAGGACUGAGAGAUGGGGCACUAUGUUUCCAUGUCACAAAAGACCCCAUAUUACCUGUCGGUGAUAAAGGUGAGGCUGAAAAGGUCAUUACAGGUUGCGUCGACUCCCAGACUUUAUGAAUGAUGCUUGAAUGAUGCAAGAUGUUAGAGGACUUUUAUACUUG